AGUCAUAGGUACAUAGGCCCAAGUCAAGCAUAUAGCUCUGUUCGCUUGUGACUUGUGAGAUUGGUGGAGGAAGAAGGAGGGGGCUAUUAAGUGAUUGAUAAAAUAACGUCAAAAUGCCUUACUUUCCCUUGCAAAAUACGUCAAUAUUGAUCCUGUUUUUCCUCGCAUUGUUCAGCUUGUGCAGUGCUGAUGAUUAUCUCGCUCAUAUCUGCCCGAACACCACAACUUUCACCCCAAACUCCACUUUCCAAAACAACCGCGACCAACUGCUGUCUAGCCUUGCCCCUAUUAAUGCCACUCGUGACACCAGCUUUUACCAGACCUCGGCCGGCGGAACAGAUACCGUGGAGGGCCUCUUCCUCUGCCGCGGUGACGUUCCCCCAGACGCUUGCAGAGACUGUGUGCGCAUUGCAGCCUCAGAAGUUGUCCAACGGUGUCCCAUCGAGAAACAGGUUGUCAUAUGGUACGACGCAUGCAUGGUACGCUACUCUAACCAGUCAUUCCUUUCUACCGCGUGGCAGACACCUCAGCUGUUCAUGUGGAGAGCAGCCAGUCUGAUGCAGACCAGGGUAAGUAAGCAAUUUAACCAGGUACUAGUACAUACCAUGGAUGUGCUAGUCCUAAAGGUUAUCAAUGCCGCUCUAAAGUUUGCAACUCAAGAAGCAAAUAAUAUUACACGGUUAAGUACGCUGUACACCCUUGGACAGUGCACGCAGGAUCUCUCCACGGCAGAUUGCAGGAAUUGUCUUAAAGAUGCCAUAGCCCAACUUCCAUCUUGUUGUUUUGAAAAAAAAGGGGGAACAGUUAUGUACCCUAGUUGUAAUAUUAGGUUUGAGUUGUACCCCUUCUACAAAUCACAGGUAGUUAAAGCAGACUCUCCACCUCCUUCGCCAGCAUCAAUAGCAAAUCCUCCGCCAACCCCGCCAGCAGGAAAAAGUAAACUCUUAUUCAUAGUCAUUCCCAGUAUUCUGGCUCCUGUUGCUCUGUGUGUGCUUGUUGCGGUUGUGGUCAGAUGUUUCAUUCACAAAUCAAAAGGAGCCAAGCAACAACAAAAUAAAGCUGAAGUUGAUAUGACAACUGUUGAAUCCUUGCAAUUUGACUUGGGAACUAUUGAAGCUGCCACAAAGAAGUUUUCUGGCGACAACAAGUUAGGUGAAGGCGGAUUCGGUCAAGUUUUCAAGGGAACACUUGAUAAUGGACAAGAAAUAGCUGUGAAGAGGCUGUCAAAGAGCUCUGGACAAGGUGUACGAGAGUUUAAGAAUGAGGUUUUAUUGGUAGCCAAGCUUCAACACCGGAAUCUUGUGAGGCUUCUGGGAUUUUGCUUGGAAGGAGAGGAAACCUUACUUGUCUACGAAUAUGUGCCCAACAAAAGUCUUGAUUAUUUUCUAUUUGAAGCCGAAAAAAGAGAACAACUGGAUUGGUCAAGACGCUGCACCAUUAUAGGAGGAAUAGCUCGAGGCAUCCUCUAUCUGCAUGAAGAUUCUAGGCUUCGAGUUAUACAUCGUGAUUUAAAAGCUAGCAAUAUCUUGUUAGAUGCCAAUAUGCAUCCUAAAGUUUCAGAUUUUGGAAUGGCAAGAAUGUUUGGAAUUGAGGAUCAAACUCAAGGAAACACCCGGAGAAUUGUUGGCACUUAUGGUUACAUGGCUCCAGAAUAUGCAAUGCAGGGAUUGUAUUCUAUAAAAUCAGAUGUCUUCAGCUUCGGAAUACUCUUGCUUGAGAUCAUAUCGGGAAGAAAUAACUUUUUAGGCUUUCAUCCCACAACUUCUGCAUCGACACUUCUCAGCUUGGCAAUUAUGGAAUGAAGGGAAAGUAUUGGAGUUGAUGGAUCCGUUGCUGAAAGAUUCAUGCAGUCCAAAUGAGUUCUUGAGAUACAUCCUCAUUGGAUUAUUGUGUGUUCAAGAAGACGCAAAUAAAAGGCCAACCAUGUCGUCUGUUGUUCUGAUGUUAAAGAGUGAAAGCAUCAGCCUUCCCAAACCUGAUCGACCUGCGUUCUUUACAGGAAGAUGUAUCAAUGAUCAGAGCCAUACUGUACGGGAUUUACCUGGUUGCUCUGUAAACGGUUUAACGGUUUCUGAUGAUAUCCCACGCUGAAUUAGAUGACUAAUGUUGUACGUAGUUCAUCCAUUCAUGCAU